AUGCUGUUCAAGAAAAAGGCGAGGAAGGAGGACACAUCAAUAAGCUCCCACCCUACUAUUCCUUCUCGGGAAGGGCCAGUUAUAGAAGAUGGCACCGAGACAGAUUUGAACGACGACUCCAAGGUGGAGGGCCUCGCGCCGGUAAAAUCCACGGCAACAGAGGAUAUCAAAUAUCCUUCAGGCUUGAAGCUUGCCUUGCUGAUGGUAUCGACGUUUCUGAGCAUGUUUUUGGUCGCUCUGGACCGGCUGAUCAUCUCCACGGCGAUCCCCCGCAUUACUGAUGAUUUCCACUCGGUUACCGACAUUGGCUGGUAUGGCAGUGCCUACCUCCUCACCAACUGCGCCUUCCAGCUGUUCUUCGGCAAGCUCUAUACCUUCUUCAGCGUCAAGGCAACCUUCCUGGCUGCCAUCUUCCUGUUCGAAGCUGGAUCUGCCAUUUGCGGCGCGGCCCCGACCUCGGUGGCCUUCAUCAUCGGCAGAGCAAUCGCCGGAAUCGGCUCGGCUGGUAUCAUGUCCGGCGUCAUUGUCGUCAUCGUCUACGCGGUACCGUUGCACAAGCGGCCUUUGUAUCAGGGACUCUUCGGUGCCGUCUUCGGUCUCUCAUCCGUCAUCGGGCCCCUUCUCGGAGGUGCCUUCACAUCCAAGGUCAGCUGGCGCUGGUGCUUCUACAUCAACUUGCCCUUCGGCGGCAUCGCCAUGGUCGUCAUUUUCUUCCUGCUCCAGGUCCCGGACAGAGACACGACGAAGCUCCCUCUUGUGAAGAAGCUCCUGCAGCUUGACGGGCUUGGGACUGCGGCCCUGCUCCCUGGCACGGUCUGCCUGCUGUUGGCACUCCAGUGGGGCGGCAUGACGCACCCCUGGCACGAUGGUCGCAUCAUUGCCCUUCUGGUCCUGGCCGGUGUCCUCCUCAUUUCCUUCGUCUUGGUCCAGAUCUUCAAACCCGAUACGGCUACCGUCCCGCCCCGUAUUAUUACGCAACGCAGCGUCCUCGCCGGCUUCUGGGCUACCCUAUGCAUCGGAUCGCAAAUGAUGAUCUUCGUCUACUUCCUCCCCAUCUGGUUCCAGGCCAUCAAGGGUGUCUCAGCCAUCGACAGCGGUAUCCGUCUCCUUCCCAUGAUCCUCCCCAUGGUCUUCGCGUCCAUCAUUACCGGCAUCCUGACUGCCCGCAUCGGGUACUACACCCCCUUCAUGCUCGUGGGCAACUGCCUCAUGGCCGUCGGCGCAGGGCUCCUCACCACGCUGGAGGUCGACACCGGCAAAGGGAAGUGGGUCGGCUACCAGAUCCUAUACGGCUUCGGGCUGGGCUCCAUGUUCCAGGCGCCCAACCUCGCGGCCCAGACGGUCCUGCCCAACCGCGACGUGCCCGUGGGCACGUCGCUCAUGUUCUUCAGCCAGCUCCUCGGCGGCGCCAUCUUCAUCUCGGUGGGGCAGAACGUGCUCAAUACCCAGCUCCUCACCCGCCUCAGCGCGCUCCCGGGCUUCAACCCGGACCUGAUCUCCGGCAACGGCGCGACGGGGCUGAUCCAGCGCCUGCCGGUCGAGGUACGGGCGCAGGUGCUCACGGCGUACAACGAGGCCCUGAGGCGCGUGUUCCAGGUCGCCGUGGCCAUGGCGUGCCUCGCCAUCUUCGGCGGCCUCGCCAUGGAGUGGCGCAGCGUCAAGAAGAACGUGCAGCCCAAGAACCGGUCGGCGGAGUCGGAGGCCGAGGACGGGAAGGCGGCUGCUGUGGAUGGUGGGGCGCCGGCGGAGAAGGCUGCGUCUGUGUCCGAGGACAAGAGGGUGAACGCCGCGGAUGAGGUGCAGGUUGAUAAGAGUGCUUUGGAGAAGGAGCGGGCGAGUUAA